CAGAAUUCUAGAAGCUAGUUGCAUAUAAGUUCAAUUUCAUUAGGCCAAUGAUAAUAUUUUCUGGACGCACGUUCUCAUGAAUAACGACUAAGAUAUGUUCAUUUCAUCAUCUAUAAAAUCAUAAACAAACCUCCAGGGAUCCGAAAAAGCAGAAUGGAGAAAACGAAGAAAUAUUGUUAUGGAUUUUGUUUAUUGAGCUCGAUAGUGAUCAAUAUAUUAUUCAGCAUAAACCUGUACGUAGGUGGAGGUGGAGGAGCUUUACAGUGGGGAGAGAAGAAGCAUGAGACUGUUUAUCGUCCGUCAUUGACUUGGAGUGAAAAAGCAGCUGCGGAGGCGGAAGCCGUUGCAGCAAUCUCAUGUUCCGGGCAUGGCAGAGCUUACCUUGAUAGUUUGAUUUCUUAUGGUCAAACUGUUUGUGAGUGCUACGAUUGUUAUGGUGGUACUGAUUGCUCUGAAUUCUCUCCCGAUUGUUCUGCCGAUGCUGGUGGUGGGGAUCCAAUAUUUUUGGAACCAUUUUGGAUGCAAAAUGCAGAGAAGAGUGCGAUUGUUGUAUCAGGAUGGCAUCGAAUGAGUUACAGAUACGCUGACUACACUAUGAUUGCAGCUGUUUAUGCUCUUUCUUCUGAAAACUCGUCUUCACCUUCCAAUGUUGUGGCUACAAUCCCAUACUAUCCGAUGUAUGAGACUCAAACAUCUUUUUUUAAUUCGGAGGAUUUUCAAUUUGAAGGAGAUACAAACUCAUGGAAAUUGAAUAAUGCAACAAAAAACAACAUGGAUGUGAUUGAAUUUGUAACCUCACCAAACAAUCCAGAUGGGGAGUUAAAGACAUCGGUUCUUGGAGGGAAGACUAUAUACGAUCAUGCAUAUUUGUGGCCACAUUUUACACCGAUUCCAGGCCCUUCUGAUCAUGAUCUCAUGAUCUUUACUCUUUCAAAGCUCACAGGCCAUGCUGCUGUGCGUUUUGGAUGGGCGGUGAUAAAAGAUAAGGAUGUAUAUGAGAAAGUUUCAAAAUAUAUGGAAGUUGCUGAUUUAGGGAUUUCAAAGGACACCCAAUUAAGAGUUUUGAAGCUUCUAAAAGUAGUCGUUGAAGACGAUGGUAAACAACUUUUCAAAUUUGCUUAUGCUAAAAUGAGAGAACGUUGGGAUAGGUUGACUUCCGUCUUCUCAAAGUCAACAAGAUUUUCAAUCCAAGAGAGACACCCUCUCCAUUGCAAUUUCUUUAACAAAACUAGGCUACCAUCUCCUGCUUACGCAUGGGUAAAAUGUGAGCGAGAAGAAGAGGACGAUUGUGGUGCGGUAUUAGAAGCUGGAAAAAUUGCAAGCCGUGGUGGAAGUACUUACAAGGCCAAAGAUCGUUAUGCCAGAUUAAGUCUUAUCAAGAGUCAAGAUGACUUUGAUUUGCUUCUGCUACGACUCACUGAGUUAAUGUCUCUUGAAAAUGGUAAAAUCGAGUCAAUUUGAAGGAUUAUAGGAAUUAAAAUUUAAAGAAAUUGAUAUAAAGGGGUUAUGCCUAUUGACCUUGUGUAAAGUAACCCUCAAUGUUUGGGCAAUUUUUUUAUAAUUGGAACAUAAUUGAUUGGUUGAUUAUAAUAUGUAAAAUUCAACAUGUAUACAACAUGAAUUGUAUAUAUGUACAC